GCAUUCUUUCACUUCCUUAAAACGUCUCUUGCAAGUCGCAUCAAAGCCACGUGAGACAAACAUGGAUAAGCCAGUUGUUUUAGCUCGAGUUAUUAAGGUCCUAGGCCGAACUGGUUCACAAGGACAAUGUACACAAGUAAAGGUCGAAUUUCUGGGUGAACAGAACCGACAAAUUAUUCGCAAUGUCAAAGGACCGGUACGAGAAGGUGAUCUCCUAACCUUAUUGGAAUCUGAACGUGAAGCAAGAAGGCUGAGAUAAAAGGAUAUAUUGCUAAAGCAUUGAUAUCACCAACACUGUAUGGAUUCUACAAAAUGCAAUUCAUUCCAUUAAUUAAAACUGAGAACCGAGCAACUGUUCUGAUACAACGAGCACGUUCAAAAUAUCCAUGUAAAUGACGAUGUUUGCGACUUGUGUAAUAAACACUAACUAAUAUCUAACAAAA